CUAAAACGAAAAAUCGAUUUUUUUCAAACAAUCAAUACUACAACAAAGUCAUGUGGUCACCGUUUCAGCCAAUCGCGUUGCAGAAUCUCUCCGCUUAGCCAAUAGCGUCAUUCCAGUGUUAUGAAGGGACGUUUUGAACUAAAAAAUGCCGAUUGUAGUAAUCCGGUGUUUUAAUUUUUAGGUUUUAAUUAAUUAUUUCAGUUAAAUUUCUCGAUCAAGAAUGCUUUCGAAAUUCGCUGUGCUUUCUGAAAUUUAAUUAUUCUUGUCAUUAGUCUAAUUUUGUUUAAGCAUUUUAGUUCUCUCGUUGUGCUGUAUCUUCAAGAUGGAUUUUCUAGCCAGUCCUAUUCAUAGCUGCAGCUUCGAAACUUUCGACGAUGCAUUUUUCGAUUUACCCAAAGAAAUGGAAUUCGAAACUUCGGAUGACUUCAAGGAAAGCAUGUCGUAUUCCGUCGACGAAGAUGAUGAUUUAAAUAAUGGUUUAUACGGAGUAUGGAGUUCUAAGCAUCCUUGGAGUUUGAAUAACAAUUCGAAUUCCAUGUAUAAUUCGAAUCUGCAUUUGGACUUUAUCGGAGGAGAUCCGGAAUCAGCAAUAAUGGUUAAUCCAAAUAUAGUAAUUCCGAAUGGCUUUCGUUUAAGCGACGAAGAAAGCGUUAAUAUCAAAGAAGAAUCCAAAGAGCCUGUGGUACCAAUUACCACGAUAUCAUCGUCGGUUAGCCAAAUCAAAGUUGAACCCACCGAAUCAUCAAAUAAGGAUGACGAUUUAUUAGCUAAGAAAAUACGAACGAAGUUCAUUUCUAUAAAAGAACCUUCAGCAGAGGAUGAUCAGCAGCUUAAAUUGUCUACAAGUAUUAAAACCGGUGUGCGAAUACUAAAACCAGCGUUAAUCGAGUCAUCUAGCGGAAAUUCGCUUAUUACAAAUAGUUACGUAAAUAGCAAUAGCCAAGUGAAAAAUGAUAACAGUCGUCUGAAAAAUACCGCAUCGACGACUACCAAGAAUUCAAAUAGUCCUAAAUGCGGAUUUUAUUACCAGAACGAAACGUUCUACCCUAAACCGGCAUUUUCCUACUCAUGUUUGAUAGCCAUGGCUUUAAAAAAUUCUAAACAUGGCUGUCUUCCAGUUGCCGAAAUAUAUAAUUUUAUGUGCAAUCAUUUUCCUUAUUUUAAGACUGCGCCGAAUGGUUGGAAGAAUUCAGUCAGACAUAAUCUUAGUUUGAAUAAGUGUUUUGAAAAAAUUGAAAAACCCGCCGGUAGCGCCCAAAGAAAAGGCUGUCUAUGGGCACUAAAUCCUAACAAAGCAGCCAAAUUAGAAGACGAGGUGCAAAAAUGGACCAAAAAAGAUUCCGCUGCUAUCAAAAGAGCAAUGGAAUAUCCUGAGCAUUUAGAGUUACUAGAACGAGGCGAACUGAAAUCGUUGUAUGACAACGAUCAGAACGUCGAAGACUAUGAAGACGAUAUUGAAGGCAAUGAAGACGAGGAUACAGAAAGCGAGGAACCGAAUGCUUGCGAGGACGACCCAGUCGACGAUAGACUAAGCGAAUCGGAAGACCACGAAUGCGAAAAACCUGUCAACAACGUUCAACAGUAUCCAGUAUUGAAUAUCUCAGAAGCAGCUGAUCUCCCCGAAUACAAUAUCGAAGUUGACGGCAGCAUUUACGAAGAACUAAUAGGCAGUAUUGAAAGCGAGCAGUUGUUUACCAUCAACGGAUCAGCGUUGAACACCAACGGUGCCAAUGCGGUCGCCAAUCAGGCGAAUAAAAAAGUUAAUAAAUUUUUCAUAACCGCUGAAAUAAACGAAAACUCUCCCAAAACAGUGGCAGCUGCCGCCUUACGAGCGAAUAAAAACGAUCCGGAAAUCUACGACCAUUACGAUAUAAAUAAUUUACUAAGAUUCGAAAACGAAACGAAAAACUCGGCGAAAAAACGUUUCGGAGGUAAUCGGCGAGUAUGUUCCAGCUCGCGAAUCAAACAAAUCAAAUUCAAAACAUGGAACUGAAUUACCCUUAGUGAAUAAGCGCUUUGAAUUAUCCUCCUUGUUUUCUUUCUGUCUUUUUUUUCCCUUAACUAAGUAAUUCUUUUCUAAUUAAAUUAAGAAAUAAUUCUAGUGAAAAUUACGUACUUCCUUUUCUAUGUAAUAUGUUACUAAAGGGGUCAACUCGAGUCAUCGAUUGAUCUUGCGUUUUUUUUUCUCAGAGAGAUCUCUACGUAGGGAUUGUAUGUUGUUAAUUUGCGAAUUGAUUUCGUAUUCUCGUCGGUAUUAUUAUAAUAGUUAAUUUACCAAAAUGGCGAUAUUGUAGCGGAACCGGUGAAAUCGCCCUCCCUAUGUACAUAAGCUAACUCCUAAGUUACUUUUAGAUAUAAAGUGAAAAACAAACUAAGACGAAUGAGUAAGAAAAAGUGUAAAAACGCGAACAAAAUUUCUUCAAAAUUCGUUUCCAAAGCCGGUUAAAGAAUUUGUAUAUUUCUAUUUUUUCCAGUUUUUGUAUUAUAUUUCGUGUUAAGAUUAUAUACGUAGUGAGUCAAGUCGAUAUUACUGGUUUGUGAUUUUUUUCUCAUGUAAGUGUGUCUAUAUGUGUGCGUGUGAUUUUUUGGGUUUUGCAUCAUUGUAUUAAGGAAUAUUACAAAGUGGGUAUUUUUUUUUCUCGAUAGUAUAACGCGUGAUAUUGAGGUAUUAUUAGUGUGGAUAUGUUUUGGUCUCUUAUAAACUGUGCAUACUUUUUUUUCUCUUUCUGGAAAUUUCUUCGUUUCUAAUCUAAAUAUAAACAGUUUUUAUACUUUUUUAUUCAUUAAACAAUAAUGAAGCCAA